AGGGGGUGUAACGCAUACCAUAGCUAUAAAUAUAUCCAAAUUUAGAAAAAACACAACGCAAAAAUUUAUUUGGCUUACGUGUAUAUAACACGUCGCUCGCUAUGGAUGGAUAAUAAUGUUUUGAUAUCUAGUAUGAUGUGUCGCUUGAUAUCGUACACUUUGGGACGCUUGUACUACAUCAUUUAAGCGAAUCCAAGCGUGUCAGUUUCACAUGAUGCAUAAUAACAAUCCUGGUCCGUGCUCUUGGCUGGAGGUGCAUAAUUUCAUUGGUGACCUUAUGACAGCAAGCGCUUCAGUCUCUGGUCCACUGAGGGAGCAGCGUAUUGAUGAACCGUUGAGCUCUGCCUGGGACAUGGCCAGACCCAAAGUCUCUAAUCUUUCACAAUCUAACCCUUCUAGGCAGAGACAGGUGAAAAACACUGUAGGGUUUGGUCUGCAUUCUGAGGAAAGGGAAAAGCAGCCUAGAGAUCAUGAAAGCCUUGUUCAGCAUCAUACCUGCACAUGUCCCGGAUGCCCACUUUCCUCAUCCCUCUCCUCUUCCUUACUCCAGUCUCUGAAACCUCGAAGCAAUCCUGCCUCACAGAUCCAACCACCCUCACCCCCCCAGUCCAGCUCAUCACAGCAGGUCAAAGAGCCCAAUUCUGCACCUGUUGCCCUGGGCUUGUGUCUAGGUUUGGGUCUGUCUUUAGAAGAGGGGACCGUUGAGGCCACCAGCACAUCUAACUCUGAGCCUGGUCGUCCACAACAUCAGGAUAAAAGCACUAGCACCCACAGCCCGAUCCAACAAUCAAACCACGAGACCCCAAAUGUUCAAGCAUUUCCUUGUCUGUGCUGUCAUCGUGGGUUUCAAACCUGUUCUCAACUUUUGCGUCACCAAAAGGACGCAGGGGUGCAUGCCGGGCAUUAUCAUCAUCACCAGCACGGCCAUCAUUGUCCUCUUACCUCUUGCAUGCCGUGUACACAACUGCACCAUGCUGCCCAAUCACUCUCCUCCUACCCAUGCCUGUCCUGCCAGCGCACGUUUCCUACCUGCGCCCAACUUUUGCGCCACCAACAAUGCCACGUGCAGCAGGACGGUCUGCAGCAUCUGACGUGCAUGCACUGCAGCGCCUCUUUUCCUCGGCCUUCUCAACUGCUGCAGCAUCAGCGUGCCGAACACGCUUCCAAAACAGGCGGCUUCAUGUGUGCAGAGUGCGGUCGAGCGUUUAAUUCUCACAGCAAUUUGCGAAUCCACCUCAACGUGCACAGUGGAGCUCGGCCCUACAGCUGCGUGGACUGCGGGAAGAGCUUUAGCCAAUCGGGGGCACUAAAGAUUCACCGCAGAAUACACACCGGAGAGAGACCAUAUACCUGUUCUUAUUGCGGAAGGGGUUUUCCUCACCUGGCUGGGGUGAGGGCCCAUCAGCGCACACAUACAGGGGAGAAACCCUACCAAUGUUCCCAGUGUGGGAAGAGCUUUACACAGUCUGGGGCGUUAAAGAUUCACACUCGGAUCCAUACCGGUGAGAGGCCGUUCAUAUGCAGCCUCUGCGGGAAGAGCUUUUCCAAUCGGUCCGGCAUUCGUUUUCAUCAUCGUACAGUUCAUGGGAUUGUGACGGAGCCCAACUCGGUAGGCAGGCCCAGCCUGGCUGUGACGGCGUCAUCCCCUGCAUCUGACCUUCAGAGAAUCCAAACCUCUGGUCAGGAGCCUCUCAACCUGCUCAAUCUCCAGCAACUGGAUGGGAGGAGUCCAUCCAGCAAAAAACAGAUAACUGGGGAGAGUGACAAAAGAGCUCUUCCAUAUGCCUGUGAGGACUGUGGCCAGCGCUUUCCAGAUGCUCCCACUAGAAACAGACACCAGACGUUGGAACACUACUCUGCAGAAGAGAGAGAAAGGGAGGACAGAUCUACAGAUAACAAUAAAGAUUAGGCAAACGACAGAAACUGAAGCAGCAGUCAGUCACUGCUGGCUCUUGAAUAUGCACUUAGCUAUAUAUAUUUAAUAGUUUUGUCAAAAAUUGCAUUUUUGUCACUAUUUACGGAACUUGUAUAAUUUAUUUUAGUCUGUAAAACACGUUAUGCUGCGUUUACACCAACCGCGUUUGAGGUAUCAAUGUCGCAUCUACCGUGCCUAGUUUGCCACUUGAACAGUUUGAAUGCAUUCGCGUGUCUAGAGUGAAGUAGACGCGCAAAAAAAGCAAGCAUUUGACGCGCGCCAGAGGCAAAAUCCGCUUCUUGUGGGAGGGGCAAGUGCUAUGCAGUUGUCUGUUUGCAAGAUGACUGAUGUUGAUCAUGCAGUCACAGAGUGAGUUACCGGUUUGUAUUUGGCAACCGUAUAAAAAACGGUGGGAAUGCCGCAGGUCGAUAAACGUCACGUGACUCAAAAGAGAAAUGUGUAUUUACAGUUUACAAGGUUGCCCAAUGUCCUCACUGACACUCUUCCAAGCGAGGUUUUUUUAUUCCUGUCUCUAAAGAAAUAAGAACUUGUGUCGUAUAGCUCCGGGUGAUUGCUCACGGACAAUAUCAAGCGUUCCUUCAUGUUGAAUGAGUGACUCCGGGCGGGGCUGCCGCCACAGCAGCAAGCAUGCUCCUGAUUGGUUAACGCGGCACGAAAAUCUGCCAAACUUCAAAUUAAAAAAAAAACUCGGGCGUCAACCGCAAAUUCGCGUUAAAACACAAAAUGCACAAAAAGCACCAUUCGUGCAUACCGGGCAUACCGCGCCAGAUGCUCAAUUUGCACAAACGAGGCGGAACCGUGUCUGCCGCGGCAAACGCCUCAUUCGCGCCGCGAGACCG